GGCGGAGAUACCAGAACAUUCUGUGAUUGUGAUUUAUUUUCUCGAUUAAUUAAUAUUGUUAAUAAUUAACGUUGAAUAUUAACAAGACAUAAAGGAAAUCAUCUUGAAGGAAAUGAAACCAGUAUUUGGAAUUACUGUAAAACAAAUAAAUUAAAACGAGAAAUAAAUUAAUGCCGGUCGAAUUUAUUUCAUGACGCAUAAUUUUCUGGCAGUGUGUCAACUGGAUUGAGAAUUAUUAUAUUGUGAUAUAAGACCACGUGUCCAGUCUGUUUACAAAAAAAAAUCUGUUUUAAAAUUGAGAAUUUUGAAGGAUAAAUUUAUUUAAAGUGUGACAGGAUUAUAAAAGAGAGUGUGGUUAAUAUUGUAAGGGGAUUAUUCAUUUACCUGUAUUAAUUUACACACAGAUUGUUUACGUGUUCCGGUAACCAAUGGCUACGAGAAUUCCUAUAACUAAAGAUAGUUUUGGAUUUGACGAUAAUCGGAGUAAAAUUUGGGAAGAUAUGGAGCGAGAUAUGGAGAGCAGACGUCGAGAAUGGGAGGACGAAAUCGAGAAGAUGAGCAGCGAUUUUUUUACACUACGACCAGAAACUGGCAAGUUUCCUUUAUCGGACAAAUUUGGUCUGGCUGAUCGAAUACAACCUAGUCGCGAUGAUCGCGCCCCUUUACGAGAUGAAGGCAAAGCUUUAAUAGAGAAGGACGAACGCGGUAACCCCGUGUUUAGGGUUAGGUUUGACGUCAGCGAUUACAAGCCAGACGAGGUAAAUGUCAAAAUGGAUGCCAAUAAGAUGCAGGUUCACGCUAAACAUGAAACCAAAGAUGGUGGUAAAAGUGUGAGCAGAGAAUUUAGUCGAGAGAUAAAUAUUCCUCGAGAAAUCGACCCCAUGUCCUUGCAAUGUUCUAUAUCCAAAGAAGGCGUUUUGUGUGUAGAGGCACCAUUUCCAACACCACAAUAUUCUGUGACGUCAGCCCCGCCUCCACCAACGUCAUCUUAUCAGCAGCCACAGCAGUUCCAGACGACAGCCAACGUGGCGCCUAAAUAUCAAAGUCAACCGCCUCCACCGCCAUCCUCGCACCCCUAUCAGCAGGUACCUAAUUAUACCCCCAGCCCUGCUUACCAAUCCCAGGCACCCCCUUACCAAUCCUCACCAUCCCAUUCGGUCCACCAGGAUAGGAGUGCUCCAGUAUUCCAUCAAUCCACUCCCGUACAUACGAUGCAGUCUCCACCAGGGGCACCCUACCAACAACCUCCAUCCUAUCAACAGCACACUAAGCCGGCGGCUGCUUCCAACGUCAUUACCAUUCAGAAAGAUACUAAAUUUAAAGUGGAGAUAGAUAUCGAAGACUUCGCCCCGGAGGAGCUGACGGUGAAGACGGUGGACAAGAAAGUGGUUGUGAGUGGACGAAGAGAGGUAAAGGAAGCCAACAGAUCAUCUAGUAAAGAAUUAUGCCGUGAAUAUAAUAUUCCCGAUACAGUUGAUCCAAUCACAGUUAAAGCUUUCUUUACUGAUGGUGGACGACUUAUAGUAGAAGCUCCUUAUAAGGCUAAUACCAAUGGCACCUUUAUUCAUUGAUAAAUAAUCUGCUGACGUCACUUAAAGAAGCACCAAAUAAAGCAAAAACAUUGAUAAAUAACCCAAUUACGUCAUUUUUGUAUCACGUCGACCGAAAUCUCGUGUGUUUAAGAAAAUGUUGGAGUUUAUUUUGUGAGGGGAGAUUUAACUUUCAUGAAUAUUCAUUUUGUUACGACCUUCACGACCUUUGCCUUCUAAUAUCAUCAGGAAUCGUUUUACAGCACUACACAGGAGCAAUAAUUCUUGCGUCUUACAGCAAAGUUCAACAAAUGGGAUAUUUGGUUGGUGACGGAUAUUUUAUUUUUGUCAUACCGAAUGAUGUUGCUCGUGGGCCGUAUUUUAAACAAUUUUAUUACCCAAGUUGCCAGAGUGUAUAUUUUACAUGGAGCUUUAAACGUGGAUUUGAGACAAUUACAAAAUUUAUGAUAUCACGCAUGUAGCUAGAAUUGCUAAACGUAUUAUAUAUAAUAAAUCAAAAAUAGUCUUUGUGCUUUAUGAUAUUUUGUUGUGCGCGGUGAUUUGGAUAAAAAUAUCGUGUAACACGAUGUGAGUUUGGCCAAUUAUCGUGUCACCCGCUCCUAUUCAUAGUGUUACACGAUAUAAUUUGGAUUACGUAACGUGUUUCGAUCACCUACUGUUGUGUUGUCGCUAACGACAAAGCGCUUUUUACUUAUAUAGACUUGCAGUAAGACACUCAUCAUGCCGUGGAAUAUUAUACAAAUCCAGAAAACAGAACGUUUUUUAAUUAAUCACAGUUGUAUUGUGAGUUGCUGAAAGAGUAAUACACAGAUUAGAUACAAUGUGAAAGACUUUGGGAUGUUGACAGAAUCAGUGGUGAUCGUUAUGGUAAUUUAGGAUUGAUUGUAUAGUAGGGCAUCUUGACAAUGUUAAGGUAAUAAUGAGUGUAUGACUUUGUCCGGGUACCAGAUUUUUAACAGUUCAGUGCCCCGACAAUUCAGUACCAUACAUUUUAUUUGUGUUUGUACUGUGCUGAAGUAAAAUAUACAAGGCUCUUUACACGAAUUUGUGUUUGCUGAGAAAUAGAAGGUCAAUUUAUUAUUCUUGAUCAACACAAAAAUAAUAUAAUAAUCGUUAUUCCGCAGUGGUGAUAUGUGUGAUUGGAUCGUAAACUUGUGCUUUUCAACCUUUUGUUGUUGAUGAAUGGAUCGGGUAGUUCCUUCCUGGCUGGUUUAAAAGUUAGUUGGAUCCUGGAAGGUGUUCCUUGGACUGGGACACCGAACUCCAUAGGGAACAUGUUUCAAGUUUUAAUUAAUAAUGUUGUUUUGUAUUUGUCAUGUAACAUUUAUUAUAAAUAUAAAAGAUUCAUUAUGUAAGAGCUUUUACGCUAGGGCAUGUAAACAUUUAUUCACAUGACAAACCUGUAGUUAACUCCCUGGACCAUUGGAUGAUUUAGAUAUUUAUUGGAUUAGAACCAUUUCGCUUACUCUUAAGCGAUAAAAUGGACAGUCGACACUCUGCUUAUUAUAGUAGCAAUGGUAAUCGACAAUCGAGACUAUCUUUUUAAAACUCAAAACUUCGCUGAGACUAAAGUAAUUUGACAGAAAUCGUCAAAAUAUUAAUUUUUCAUUCUCUGUUUUUGAACUAUUAGAGCAAGACCGACUAGGUCUUUAUCUAAAUCUUACAUAAUGUAUCUUUAACAUCCUUUUGUUUUUUGUUUAUCUUUAUUAUGGAUCUGGUAGCUCCUUCCUUGAUGAAGUUGUUUUGUAAUUAUCUUUAUUAUCUUGUAUCUAUUUAUAUUAAUUGUUAGUAUAUCUUUAGUUGUCACGUGAUACAUAGAAUAUCCAUAGAUUUAAGAGUAUUUUGUUAUCAGCCCUCAGCGCAUCUCUUUGUGUGCAUAACAUAUGAAGGGAGAUAACUCGAUUAAAUAUUUUCUGUGCCUUUCUGUAGUAUUAUUAAGUUGUUUCAGGAAGCUAUUGGUAUGUAGCAUUCAUACAUUAGGAUACAUAUUUGUGUAUUAAUUAUAAUAUAUUACUCCUUGUGAUAAUAGGAAGGAGGUAAAUGAUGUUCAACGUCCACUUGUUUUGAGAAUCCACAGGGACUCUCGAACCAAUAAUGAUUUUGUAUUGAAAUAAUCCUUUGUAUUGUUUUAGGUUAUUUUCUUUGACCUUCCUAGUGUUGUGUAUUUUAGGGCCAUGUUGCACGACGUAUUUAUAACGUUACGUACACUUAAGAUCAAUAGAGCAAGAAAAUUGUUGGAAUACGUUUGCGUUAACUCUUAUAACCGUUUUGUCAGUAGAACCAUUUUGAUCUUGUAUUUAAAAGCUAUCACAUUGUCACUUAGUUGCAGGGGUGUGAUGACCCAUGAUUUUGCAUUAGGGACAAGAUCCGGCCCCGCCCCCGUCCGUGGUGUGGGGUGGUCCCACCCAGUACUCCCUGGUAAAAUUGGGCUGUGUGGAACAUGCUAGAGUCGAUUUGUAGCAUAUCUAACCCACAAUUAUGGUUAUAAUGUUGAAAACCGCAUUGAAACCGCAAAACAUUUGCGAGGGGACACAAAAACUUAAGUGGGGGGGGGGGAGGCGCAAAAACUCGAAACCAUGACUCAAAACUCGUCAUUGCACCCCUCUCACUUAGCUCCUGCUUGAUAGAUACAGUUGUAUUUUCUAUAUGUUUAUUUUGAAUUAUUUGUGGUAGUUAAUGUUAAUUAUUGUUAUUAUAGUGUUUCGUAUGUUGCCAUUUGAGGACCUAUAUUGGUAAACGUUACUGAGAGUAAUAAACUAUAACACAUACUAUGGAAAACCCCAGCAACUCAUUUUUUUGGGCGACGUUUCAAAGUGUGUUCUUUCAGCGUCAUCAAGCUAAACUAUAAUACAUAUGGAAAACAGCUACUAAUUUAUUUGUUAGUUUUAUGACUUUGGGGCAAUUCUCUUAGAACACCUCGUUGUUUUCCAUAAGUAUGUUUAUUACCUUAUUUUACAUUGAUUUGUGUAUAAAUACAAAUAAGUGAGCUCAUGCGUCAUGUUACGCAGUUAUAGUGUUACACGAAGUUAUUAUCGUGUCAUGUUACGCGGUUAUAGUUGAGUGUCACACAAAGUUAUUAUCGUGUCAUGUUACGCGGUUAUAGUUGAGUGUCACACGAAGUUAUCAUCGUGUCAUGUUACGCGGUUAUAGUUGAGUGUCACACGAAGUUAUUAUCGUGUCAUGUUACGCGGUUAUAGUUGAGUGUCACACGAAGUUAUCAUCGUGUCAUGUUACGCUGUUAUAGUUGAGUGUCACACGAAGUUAUCAUCGUGUCAUGUUACGCGGUUAUAGUUGAGUGUCACACGAAGUUAUCAUCGUGUCAUGUUACGCGGUCAUAGUUGAGUGUCACACGAAGUUAUUAUCGUGUCAGCUAUCAUGGAAAACGACACGAUAAUCGCGUGAUAUGUAACGGGCAAGAUACACCUACUGAACCUAUUAAGUUUCCAAAUUUGAAAAUUUGCUGUACUAGACCGGUCUAAGUGUAGUGUCGUCUGUGCGACCGAUGAUACACGUCACCGUCGAAAGAUUAUUCGAGUAUAGAGUUUUAUUUUAAAUCUGUAUUAGAAUAUGAUCGCGAGUAUUCGAACCAUGUCGUGUUUUCUCCAUAUACAAAUUUUCUAGCUCUUAGCCGAUGAAAAAGCUGCAUUCUUAAACUAUUUCAGAUUAAGUUUCCGUGGCAUUCAGAAGCUAUGAAUGAAGACAUGACAUAUUAUUUAAAUGUUAACCGUAUAGUAUCUUUAUAUUAUUUGUUUUUUUUUAUUUACAUUAUGUAUAGAUAUAUGUAGUUUUUGUUUUUACUUAGAAACGAGUCGUUCUCUGUGCUUAACAUUGUGUAGAUUUUAUAACAAUUAGCUGAUAAAACAAUAAAACUGAAAUCAUG